UCCCUUAGAUGAUCUUAUGUGUAAUGGAGUAAGCAAUUUAACUUAAAUGAAGAUUUUAAUUUGUAAGUCACAUAAAUUAAGACUACUAACUAAGCAAGUUAACAAAAAUGAAGACUUUUAAUUUGUAAGUCACAUAAAUUAAGACUACUAACUAAGCAGUUUAACAAAAAUGAAGACUUUGUAAUUGUAAGUCACAUAAAGAACCAAGCAAAUUUACAUUAUGACUUUGUAGAUCACAUUAAUAAAGACUUUUUUGAGUGACAAAAGUUGUGUAGUUUAUUUAGCGUAAACGUUGCCUUCCUUCACUUGGAUAGAAAAAUUGAACAGGAUAUAAUUCUCCCUCUUCUCUCUUUGUAAUUGAAAAUGGAAACUAAUGUCUUGUUAAUAAAUUUAGUAUUAGUAGUAGGAUCAUCUCUCUUGCAUCCAGGAGUUUGCUCUCCUUCUUGCAGUUUCUCGGCGAUAUUCAACUUCGGCGACUCUAAUUCCGACACAGGCGGACUCUCCGCCGCAUUUGGACAAGCCCCUUUCCCAAAUGGACAAACUUUCUUCCACUCCCCUUCUGGUCGUUUCUCUGAUGGUCGACUCAUCAUUGACUUCAUAGCGGAGGAGUUAGGGUUACCAUACCUAAAUGCUUUCUUGGACUCCAUGGGUUCAAACUUCAGCCAUGGUGCUAAUUUCGCCACCGCUGGAUCCACCGUCCGGCCACCUAACACCACCAUUUCUCAGGGCGGUGCGAGUCCCAUCUCUCUCGCCGUUCAGUUGGUUCAAUUCUCUGAUUUCCUCACACGUUCACAACUCAUUCGGAACCAAGGUGGAGUGUUUAAGCAACUACUUCCGAGAAAAGAGUACUUCUCUGGAGCAUUGUACACAUUCGACAUCGGUCAGAACGAUCUCACCGCUGGAUUAAAACUCAACAUGACUACAGAGCAAAUCAAGGCUUAUAUUCCAGAAGUUCUUGAUCAAUUCUCCAACGCCAUUCGUAAAGUGUAUAGUAAAGGAGGAAGAAGAUUUUGGAUACACAACACAGCUCCUCUUGGUUGUUUACCUUAUGUUCUUGACAGGUUUCCAGUACCGGCUUCUCAAAUGGACAUUCACGGUUGUGCGAUUCCGCGUAAUGAGAUUGCUCGGUUUUAUAACUCUGAACUCAAAAGAAGAGUAAUUGGGUUGAGAAAAGAGCUUUCUAAAGCUACAUUUACUUAUGUUGAUGUCUACUCUAUCAAACUCACUCUCAUCACUCAAGCCAAGAAACUCGGUUUUAGAUAUCCGUUGAUAGCUUGUUGUGGACAUGGUGGGAAGUACAAUUUUAGCAAUAAUAUAAGAUGUGGAGCUAAGGUUAUGGUGAAAGGGAAAGAGGUCGUGCUUGCUAAGUCUUGUAUUGACGUGUCGUUUAGAGUUAGCUGGGACGGCAUACAUUUCACUGAAACGGCGAAUAAAUGGAUCUUUCAGCAAAUAAACAGCGGGACGUUUUCGGAUCCUCCUCUUCCCGUUAAGUUUGCCUGCACUACUAGAUAGAAGAAGAAUCAUAUGACCAAAGUGUCCCUUGAGGAUGGGGACUAAUAAAAGCUAUUGCCUAUUUGGAAUCUUUGUUUUUGGUUCAAAUUGUAAGAAAAUUCUGAUGAAAAUGAAAUUGCAACUACCUGUCAUA